CUGGACAUUGACUUCUAAGAGUUAAGAAGCUGCUACCUCCAACUGGAAUAUAAACUUGAUGCUACGCUGUUAAUAACUGGAUCCGAACUGCUUCAGCAUUGAAUUUAGUAUUUUUUUUUAAGCCAACCGUAAAUAUUUAAAUUAAAGUAACAUGGGGAAAGGGAGCGAUUAUUGUUUGAUAACUUGGAUAUAUUUUGCGUACAUUUCCGCGGGUUACGCCAUUACAAUUGAGCCGACAAUUAACUCCACCGUUUUUAGUGAUAUCAUGGACAAUGCCACAGAAUGGAUGAUGGACUUCAGUGACGUUGAAUCCAAGUUCUCUUUUAGAACCAUUGAUGAACCCGAAGACGAUCUCUGUUAUAUAGUUCCUGGUCAACCUCACACUAUCAAAGAAUGCAACUUCAAUACAGAGAACAACACUUUCAUAGUUAUUCAUGGAUGGACAGUCACUGGUAUGUUUGAGAGCUGGGUUCAUAAACUGGUAACAGCACUCUAUGAACGAGAGCCAACAGCCAAUGUCAUUGUGGUGGACUGGCUGUCCCGUGCUCAACAACACUACCCUACGUCAGCUGCCUACACCAAGCCAGUAGGCAAAGACGUGGCCAAAUUUGUCAACUGGUUACAGGCCGAACUUGACUAUCCUUGGGAAAAGUUGCAUCUGCUAGGGUACAGCCUUGGAGCUCACGUCGCGGGAAUCGCUGGUCUUCUUACCAAAUAUAAAGUUAACAGAAUUACAGGGCUGGAUCCUGCUGGUCCUACCUUUGAGUAUGCUGAUGCCCAGAGCACUCUUUCCCCUGACGAUGCCCGUUUUGUGGAUGUUCUUCACACCAACACCCGAGGCUCUCCGGACCGCAGCAUUGGGAUUCAGAGGCCAGUUGGCCAUGUGGAUAUUUACCCCAAUGGCGGGACCUUUCAGCCUGGCUGUGACCUUCAGAACACUAUGAUGAUGGUGGCCACUUCUGGUUUAAGAAACAUGGAUCAGAUUGUGAAGUGCUCCCACGAGCGCUCCGUCCACCUGUUCAUUGACUCACUGUUAAACACGGAGCAACAAAGCUUGGCUUACCACUGCAACUCCAAAGACAGCUUCAACAAAGGCAUGUGCCUCAGCUGUCGCAAGAACCGCUGCAAUAAGGUUGGCUACAGCAUCAACAAAAUCCGUACUCGCAGGAGCAGCAAGAUGUACAUGAAAACCAGAGACAUGAUGCCCUAUAAACUUUUCCAUUACCAAGUGAAGGUCCACUUCUUCAGCAAGACCAAAUUGAGCUACACUGAUCAGCCAAUGAAGAUCUCAUUGUAUGGAAUCCAUGGCGAGAAGGAGAAUAUUCCCUAUGUUAUGUCUGAUUUGAACACAAACUCCACAUUGUCCUUCCUGUUGACCACAGAUGUAGACAUGGGAGAACUUCUUAUGGUUAAGAUUCUAUGGGAGAAAGACACACUUAUCGGCUGGCCCUGGUGGAGCCCUGAUACCUUUCACAUCCGCAAACUACGUGUCAAGUCAGGAGAGACGCAAUCAAAAGUUAUCUUCAGCGCCAAGGAUGGUGAAUUUUCCUACCUAGCACGUGGAGGUGAUGCCGCAGUCUUUGUGAAAGCCAAAGAAGCCCAGUCAAGCCGCAAAAACCAGAGAUUGCACAAGCUGACGAUGCAUGGAAGUUCGUUCAAACAAAACACAGAGUAGAGGGUAGAGGCGCACUUCAGAAUCCACAGGAAUGGUAGAGCCUGUAAGUUCUGACUUACUGAUGAAUAACCUUCACCUGACCCAAAUCCUGAAACGCAUUCUUCAAGAAACAUCUAUCUUGAAAACUUUACUGCUGUGCAGUUUUAGAACAAAAAAUCACUUUGGACAUUGCUGAGUUUUUCGUUCAUGUUGACACAUCACAGGUCAUUCACUUCAAGACAAUUGCUGGCAAGACAAUCUUUACUGAAGUAGUUGAAUAUAUGAAAUGAUAAUCACAUUUCUCUAUGCAAUACACAUGUGCAAAAAUGCUGUUACACUGUGUUUGGUCCAGUCUGUUUGCAUUGGUUAUACGAAAGUUACAUUUAUUAACAAGCAUUGCUUGCCUGCACUUAACCAACAGGGUUUUGCUAGUUGUGCACCAAAGAGGCGCUCAAUAAGUUUGCAUGUGCUGGUUAUAAUCAAGCUAUAGCAGUUUUUUUGCAUUGUCGAGCAUAUGAAGUAUACAAGACACAAUACGUAAUUGAAUAUUUGAACAUUGUCUUUCGUAUUAUGCGCAAAACGCCAAGGCUAAUUUUGGUCCGAUUAACAUGUAUACAUGCUGGAUGAAGCUGUGCUACAAUCGCAUUAUCUAGGUCUGUUAGCCGACUUUGUAAAAGAAGUCGGACUAUAGCGUUUACAUUUUAACAAGAUUAAUUAUUGAUUUAAUCAAUCUGAAAUCAAACUUUAAAAAUGCAUGUAAACAUACUGAAGGUUAGUUGUUGUAGUAAGUUUCUCCUUUUGGGGAACGAUGCCUCUCAAAACAGGUCUAAAGUUUGUUUGGUUUAGAUCUCUGUUAACAGUACUCCACUUCAAGACUGAACCACUCGAUUAUUUAGCCAUUGUUUUGGGCCGCAAUGUGAAGUAGUUUUCUUAACCGAAGCGACUUGCUGGCUAUGCUAAUACUCUUUGCCUCAGUUCCCAAAGCAACAAUUCCGAUUUGUCUUUGCUACUGACAAAAGUCAGUCUGGCAAAUCUGUAGUCUCAAACUGCGUACAGUAUUCCGACUGGAUAGCUUUCACCAUUAGGUGUCACCAAAAAUGGGACCAAAUCCAUUCACUUCUGAAUCAAGAUGCAAUGAUUACUGUAAAUAUUUGUAAUUGUCAUUAUAUAUACACUCACACAUAUAGUAUAUACAGCCCUUCAACUGUCUACCUUUCCUUUGUUUCUUGGGUUAUUGUGUCUGGCACUGGUCACUUUAUAGGCUUUGCUCCUUUUGAUCAUUAAAUUUUGUUUGGAUAAACCAGCAAAAGUCAUCAAACAAUUUUGUAUAUUUUUGCCAUUGUUUUGUCUCUCAACACCCCCUUCAUAGCAACUUAAAAGUCAAAAUGAGUGACAGAAGAAGUCUAAAGGUCAUACAUGGGUCAGCAAAGAUUUGUAAGUAAAAAAAAUCAUUUGAUCUAAAGAAAACAAUGUGGACAUUUUAUAUAUAUAUAAAAAAAGGCCUAAACAUUGUUGACCGUCUCACAUAAUAGCCACAAAUACAUCAAAAACUGUUCAACCUUCCUAUUUAUUGAAUGUAUAUAUUUGUAUAUGUAGCACAUAAUGUAUGUAUUCCAUGUUUCUGAAGUGCUUUUGCCUUGUUCUUUUGAGUUAUGUAGCCUCUCUAUUUUUAUAAGCGAACAAACUUUGAAUUUUUACUUGAUGGAAGGAGAUGAUCCGAUUAGCAUUGGGUCACCUGUUGUGAUGAUUUUUUACAUUAAUCUAUAUGCCAUGCACUGUAUGACAAUGUCAAUUUUAAUAAACAUAAUGU